AUGGCUACUCCGAACGCGACCGAGGAGAUGGAGAGACUGCAGCUAUCGGACGAAGACACAGAAGAGCUAUGGAACUCGCCCUCACAGCGACGCGCGAGACAAGUGCCCCAAAGAACGCCGGCAUCGGGAGAUCGAUUACAAAAUCAAGAUAUCGAACCCUCACUCGACCAGGAAGAGGCUCGGGAGCUUGCACUCCGAAGUGAGUUGCAAACUGUGAGGAACGUGAAUUUAGCCAUUGAGGGAGUACUGGAGAGCCUGGAACGAGCGAGAGGAAAUAUGGAGACCGUAUCACGUACAGUGGACUCGGCAUCAACGCUCCUCAACACAUGGACCCGAAUCCUAGCACAGACAGAGCACAACCAAAGACUCCUCCUCAAUCCCCAAUGGCAAGGCGCCUCUCAUGAUAUCGCCGAAAUGGAAAGCGAAGCGGUAGCUAAACAACAAGCUGUCGAGCGCAGAGAGCGAGAACUACAAGAACGCCGGGAAGCGGCAGCACGAAAAGCGGAACAAGAAGAGAAGGCGCGAGCAGCUGCAACAACGGCGACAGGGCGAGGUCGAGGCACAACGAGAGCAAGGGUGUACAUCGAGAACAGCUCGACCAGCUUCGGCGGCAUCAACGCGACGUCCAGUCAGCGGGAUUGCCCGUGGUUCCAAUGCUGCCACUCGUGGGCGUGCGCAUCGUCAACCAUCAUCAUGAAUUUCGCGCCCUACCAGGACGAAUCCCCCGAAGUCGAAAGAGCUCUUUCACCUCCACCACCAUUCUCAACGGACCCAACCAAUCGCACCAGGUCACCCUCCCAGAAUCAAUACAACAAUAAUAAUAGACAACAGCAGCAGCAGCAGCAAAGAUCGACUCCACCUCCAUAUCAAGCAUCGCCCACUUCACACUUCUACAACCCAUCAAACGGCGGAUACGGAUAUCAAGAAUCUACAGCAGCAUCGGCGUCAUGGACAGAUCCCGAAAGCCAACAGCAGAAUAGCAACGGAUACGGAGGCGCACGAGCAGACCUUGAUGCGUUCGAGACGAGCCUCCCGCUAAGGGUUGAUUAUGAGGCCAUGCUGGCGUAUUUGUUAUUGCCGCCGGCAGGAGGGGUGUUUUUGUUGUUGUUUGAGCAUAAAAGUGAUUAUGUUCGAUUCCAUGCGUGGCAGUCGAGCAUGCUGUUUAGUGCUAUAUUUGUUCUACAUCUCAUAUUCUCCUGGUCGAGCAUAAUCUCCUGGCUGAUGUUCAUUGGUGAUAUCGUGCUAAUCGCCUUUUUGAGUCUACACGCCUACCAAGAUGUUUAUUCCCUCGAUCAUUACGAGGUACCGAUCUUCGGCCGACUUGCGAACUCCUUCGUUGAUGAUGAGUGA